GGGCCGCCGCCGCCUUCCGGGGCUCGGCGCGGUGGCGGCCGUAGCCGGGCAGGAUGCGCUCCCCGUGCCCGCUGCUGCUGCUGCUCGCGGCCUGCCUGCUGCUCUCGCUGCCGGAAGCCCGCGGUAGCCGGGAGCCGCCGGCGGUAGCGCUCAGCCCGGCGGUGAACGGCAGCCGCCUGCCCGCCGAACCGCACGGAGCGGCCGGCAACCGCAGCCGGGCCCAGCUGAGCCCCGUGCCCGCGCUGCUCCGAGACCUCUCCGCGCUGAAGGCCGCCGUCAUCGGGGCCUGCGCUCUCACGGCCGCGCUCAUCGCCUGCCUGCUGCUCCGCGUCUUCAGGUCAGGAAAGAGGAUUAAGAAGACCAGAAAGUAUGACAUAAUCACCACUCCAGCUGAGCGGGUAGAAAUGGCUCCUCUGAAUGAAGAAGACGAUGAGGAUGAAGACUCAACAGUGUUUGAUGUGAAGUACAGGUAGAGCAGUUCUGUGGAGCACUGGUGCCCUGCCAGGUGGCAUUCUGCUGUUGAGGGACCUGCUGAAGCCAUAACUGUGAAAGGGGAGGCUUUCAUCUCUGCAGCAUUACAACCAAACCAAGCCUCACCUCCUCGAGGUGCUGUUUGUAUGGCAGGCUACAAAUCUUCCGACCAAAAUGUCACCAUUCAGUUCCCUGGUUUCCAAACCACUAUGUUGGAAUGAUGGAGAUCCUCCUCGCCAACUCAGCUCCCUCUUGCUUUAAGAGGACUGCUAUGUCACUAAAGCAUGACAGGAUUCAGCCCUGUGUACUAACCUGCAGCUCAUUAUGGUCUAAAUAAGUUUUGCAGAAGAAGGAAGAAGAGGAAGAUUCAAUCAAGCUGCCUCAAGGACUUAUUUCCCAAUUCAGUACUUUAGCCACUGUUAAACUUUGCUCGCUGUAGAACAGUUCAUACAUUUAAAUAUUAAGGAGGGUAUUUUCUUUCUGGCCUUACAGAAGUGACUUGUGACUUUAGGUGGUAAAAAUGUAAGCCGUGUUGAAAUGCCGUACUAUGUUUAGUACAGGAUUUUAAGGGGAAUAAGGUGAGAGGUUGACUCAUGCAGAAAAUUUUCUUGACUUGCUACUGAUUUUUUAAACAUUAUAGUUGCACUAAGCUUUCAUAAUGACAUUUUCAUUGUCCCUAGGAGCUUUGAUCAGACCAACAAUAAAUGAGAUCACAGGGAAAUAGGAGGAAUCAGACAUGCCCUAAACUACAACAAUCUUGGAUUAAAAAAAAAAAAAAAAGAUAUAUUUUUGUAAUUUUCUGCCCUUCCACA